CUCAAUUCUCACUUUCUACUCACAAAACGCUCUCUUCUCUUCUCAUUCUUAUUGUUAUUUGUAUAACUCACUCACACAAAAAUGUCUCUCAUUAAAAUAUCACUGUUGUCUCUGUUUACUCUCUGCUUGAUAUCUGCACAGGCAGCAAGGUUUGACAUCGUCAACCAAUGCUCUUACACUGUCUGGCCAGCAGCCACUCCCAGCGGCGGCGGUAGGCAGUUAAACUCAGGCCAAACAUGGAGUAUAGACAUCCCAGCUGGAACCUCAUCGGGCCGAAUUUGGGGCCGAACCGGUUGCAACUUUGACGGCUCAGGUCGUGGUAGUUGUCAAACCGGUGACUGUGGCGGUGCCCUAAGUUGCAGCUUAUCCGGUCAACCUCCACUUACACUUGCUGAAUUUACCCUUAACGGUGGAAACAAUCAGGAUUACUUUGAUUUAUCAGUAAUUGAUGGUUUCAACAUUCCAAUGCAAUUUGCUCCAACCUCUAAUGGAUGCAACAAAGUACGAACUUGCAGAGAAAAGUCUUGCCCUGAUGCUUAUCAGUAUCCGAGUGAUGAUACUAAAACAGUUUCAUGCCCAGGUGGUACCAACUAUAGAAUUGUCUUCUGCCCUUGAAAUAUAUAUAUAACUCCACCACCCUUUUAUGUUUCUUUCUACAGCCAAUAAACAAAAUGUAACAUUUUGUAUGCACUAUGUGUAAGAUAUGUAAAACAAUAUUGCUAAAUUUAGGCGUGAAAUUAUUUAUAAAUAAUUUUUCGCCAAAGCAAUAUAAUAAAAUAAAUAAGAGCUUCUAUA